GAUGGAGCAGUUGUGGCAUGGACCGUGGAACAAAGCAGCGGGCAGCACCAGCUGAGCGGAGAGAGAGGAGAGCGCGCAUGAAUAACGCUCUUGGAGAGAUCAGAGUCAUUCCCGUCACUCUCCGCCGGCCGCAGUUGCGUCGCGGUGCUGCAGCAUCACUGAAUGUCGCGUGGAAAAGGAAAAGGAUGGACCCCGGUGAAACAGAAAGUAAAGCGGGUUAAGGACCGAUGAAACGCAUGAGGACCGUGGCGUCUUGGAGAGCUUCCCACAGAGGAGAGCGCAGGGUGGGCGCAUCGAGAUUCAAACCGGAUCAUUGUCAGUUGCGAUUCUUAGCUUCAUGAUUUCAGAAUUCAUUUUAUUACUUUGUUUACAUUUUUGGAUUCAACUACAUUUUUAAGCCCAUCCAAGAACGUUUCCAGAGCUGUCCAUUGCCACAUAGCAAGGCGCACGCUGUUUUGGAAAAGGAAAAAACAAAAACAAAAAAAGAAGAAGAAAACGAAUACCCCUGGAUGAACACCUAAAACUGCCCCAGAAUUUCAAGGAACGCAAACAAAGGAUCAGACUACCAGAGAUGAUUCAGAUUAUUGCAUGAAAACUGCUGCUGACCGGGAGUGUGGAUACAAACAACAGCUGGAAAAUUCCUCCCUCUCUACAAGCUAGAAUGUGGACCGUCUGUGCUGCUGCUGCUGCUGCUAAUGCUGCUGCUGCCGUGGGGAUCAUUGGACCGGGGAUUUUUGAAACGGAAAUUUCUGCAGGGAAAGGUUUAAAAAAUUUAUAGCUGCACUUGCACAAAAAUGUUUUUUGUGACGAGCAGCCAGUGGAUGACCCGGUCCAAAAGAGAGCUGGUGCCCAGACAGUUGGCAUCUCCAACAUCUGUGUAAAAAAAACGAAACAAAAAAAAAAAAAAAACACACGCAGAAGCACAGCUGCUGCAGGCUGGGGAUGUGAUGGGGUGAUUGCUGACAUCCCCAUUUGCCCACCCUCCCUCUCUUACUGUAUUAGCUCUUUGAUUGAAAACAAUGGAUCAGAAUUUGUCAACGGUACGAGACGGCAAGCAGCUCACGCCGGAGAGAGACUCGUCCAAGCGUGUCCUGACGGGAUGCUUUCUCUCCCUGCUAAUCUUCACCACCCUACUUGGCAACACCCUGGUGUGUGUCGCUGUCACCAAGUUCCGACACCUGAGGUCAAAGGUCACCAACUUCUUUGUGAUCUCACUGGCCAUCUCAGACCUCCUGGUGGCCAUUUUGGUGAUGCCGUGGAAGGCGGCCACAGAGAUCAUGGGGUUUUGGCCGUUUGGGGCAUUCUGCAGUGUCUGGGUAGCAUUUGACAUCAUGUGUUCCACUGCCUCCAUUUUGAACCUGUGUGUCAUCAGCGUUGAUCGCUACUGGGCCAUCUCCAGCCCGUUCCGUUACGAACGCAAAAUGACCCCUAAAGUGGCGUGCCUCAUGAUCAGCGUCGCAUGGACCCUCUCUGUACUCAUCUCCUUCAUCCCUGUUCAGCUGGACUGGCACAAGGCUGAGACCACCAGCUAUGCAGAGCUAAAUGGGACGUACCCCAGCGACCUGCCCCCUGAUAACUGUGACUCUAGCCUUAAUAGGACAUAUGCCAUCUCCUCAUCCCUCAUCAGCUUCUAUAUCCCUGUAGCGAUCAUGCUGGUCACUUACACCCGGAUCUACCGCAUUGCCCAGAAACAGAUACGGAGAAUAUCUGCCCUGGAACGUGCAGCGGAGAGUGCCAAAAACCGACACAGCAGUAUGGGGAACAGCUCAAACAUUGAGAGCGAGAGCUCGUUCAAAAUGUCGUUCAAACGAGAAACCAAAGUCUUAAAGACGCUCUCGGUCAUCAUGGGUGUGUUCGUGUGCUGCUGGUUACCCUUUUUCAUCCUUAACUGCAUGGUUCCCUUCUGCGAACCGAACCCGCCAGAUGGGUCUACGGACUUCUUCUGCAUCAGCUCCACCACUUUCGACGUGUUUGUGUGGUUUGGCUGGGCAAACUCCUCCCUCAACCCCAUCAUCUAUGCCUUCAAUGCAGACUUCCGCAAGGCCUUCUCCAUCCUUCUGGGCUGCCACCGGCUGUGCCCAGGGAGCAACGCAAUCGAGAUAGUCAGCAUUAACAACAACAUGGCUGCCGCUGCACCCAACCCUAACUCUCAGUAUCAGCCCAAGAGCCACAUCCCAAAGGAAGGGAACAACUCUGCGAGCUAUGUGAUUCCCCACACCAUCCAGUGUCAGGAGGACGAACUACAGAAGAAAGAUGGAUGUGGAGGGGAGACCGAGGCGGGAAUGGUAAACAACGUCUUGGAGAAACCCUCCCCUGCUAUCUCUGAGAAUUUAGACAGCGACACCGAGGUCACGCUGGAAAAGAUCAAUCCCAUCACACAAAACGGGCAACACAAAGCUGUGUCAUGUUGAGGGAACCUUUGCUAAGAGGGAUCAAAACUCAGUGAGACAAAAGCUCACACAGGAGGACAAUAAAACACGCGUUAGGGACAAGGAUCUCCAAGAAUAUGCCUGACAGGAAAACAAGUGACAGGACUCCAGACUGUCAACAAAAAUCCACAAAGAAAAAAAAACCUACAGAAUGUUCAAAAGUAAAGGCACUUUAUCCUGGAUAUAACUAUCUGCAAAAUACUCUCAGCAUUUGUGGAUGAAAUCCUUGUAUUUGAUUAUAAAUGUUGUCAACAUGUAUAUUAAAGUAGAAAAACAGCGCAUAUGCAUACAUCUUUGAAAUAUCUCUUAGGAUGUAUCCAUCUGAAAGCGUGUACUGUACAGUUCAGCGUUGACGCUACUCUGGAAGGACUUAAACACAUUAUAUUCAGCGGAAGAAAAUGUAGUAUUAGAGAAAUAUCAUGUAGGUAGGUGCUUUGUAGGUGUUACAUGAAAGAAAGAGCAAUGUGGAUAAACAGGUGCAGUAAAUUUAGUUGCUUUUAAGUUUCUUUGCUCAACUCUUCAGUAUUUUGUUGCAGGAGGAACAUCUGUGUUACAGUGGCUAUUUAUUUAAGUUUUGAAAUUCCUAUAAACACCAAAGUAACAUUUCUCUGAGUCAAGCCUGAAUAAGCUUUAUUAAUGUCGGAUUUUGGGAUUAAGAUUUUGAUGUAAAAAGGUCCAGAUGACGCGUAUGGAGUGAAAGAGAAAGAGAGAGAGAGAGACAAAGAAGUUUAGAAAUUACUGGUAUGGUUAGCUUUCCAUCUCCUGUAUUCUGAUCACACAUUGGAGCCAACAGUCACACCUAAAACCAUCAGGCAUUUAUUUUUCUCCGCCACUCAUUUAUUAUUUGCUGUAUGUCCCCCUGAUGCUUAUUAAGCAGAUUCAUUCAAUCUCUUCUCAUAUUAAUUUUCCUGUUCUCGUUUACUCAGUCUGCUGAUCUCAUUCUCCUUCGCGAUGCCCCUCUUUCUCGCUCUUUGUGAACAGGCUUCCAUUUUGCACCUGCGUUAUGGCUCUUUUAGUGUGUCUUUCUGUCUGCACGUUCUUCACAAUCUCCUUUGGCUGUCCUCCAUUUUAGCUACUUCUUCUAACCACUCGUAGUGGUGCUAAUGAUUUAUUUAUUUUUUUUACUUGCUAAAUACAUUCGGUUUACAAUUAAAAAAAAAGACUAAAUGCUUGUAUUAAAAUCCCCAUCGCAGUCAUACAGAGAAGUCAGGGAUGCAGUUGCGCUCAGCUGAAACACAUAUGACACUUGGUGACCUUUUGCAAACUUGCAGAUAUCAGAUUUGUAAAUUGCUCAUGCUGGGAGCCAUACUGUGCUGUAGUGGUGAUGUGGAGCACGCAGUGUGACAGAGUCGCAUCGUUUUGCAGAGGUGGAGUCGCAGACGGCACACCGUGAUGAGGAUUAGCCCUGAGCUGUCGGACGUGUUUUGUGUCUUUCCACAGCCGCGCUUUGAAAACAAAACACUUCCUAAUUAGGAAUAAACAGGGAUCUUUCACAGGAGGAGAACAUUAAGUUUUAUUAUAGAAUUAUCCGGCUGCUGCUGGUUAGAAUACAGCUGCCUUAGAAACGGUUGGCAUUUUGACCUGGAGUUCCAUGAUAGUGAUCAGAUGUACUGUUUCUCAAACCUGAAUUGUUUAUUUCAUGGCUAAAUCAGUCCAAUCUAGAGAUUUGCUUUUGUCCCUUAUGCCAAUCCUAGUUCUUUAAAAACAGGCAUUUGUUGUUACCCCCAAUCUAACACUUCAUUAAAGCCAGUGCCAUGUAAAUUCUUCAAAACUAGUUUUAAAGUGCAGUAAGAUGAGAUGCCGCACAUAUUUUGUAUUACAUUAUCUGCAGCAGUAUUGCUAUUGUGUCCCACUUUACUCAAUCACUAAUGAAGUUCAGGAUGAUUGUAGCUGAUAUUUUAUCCUAACAGCCUUAAUAUGCGGCUCCAACACGGUUUAGAAACAGUAAUGUCCUGAGAACAGGUCAGCACAGUUUACAUGACGUAUGCAGACAGGGAGCUGCAACAACCAAUACAGUUUUGCUUUCAAUGUAAAUGUCAUUGUAACGAUAAAAAAAUCUGAGCCACACUACUCUGGAUAUUUAUUUACUAAAUUGGUAUUUUUAUCCUUUUAGAAGGGAUUUCUUUUAAAAACACUGGGAACUGUUAGUAUUCGACAAUACAAUCAACAUUACCUUUAUCAGAAUUCAAAAGACCAAGAGCUUGAGCAUGUCUGAAGCAGGAUUAGACUAUAGAUUAUAUUAAAAGUGUUAUUUCUUGUUUUUUUUUCUUUUAAUCAAACAUUUACUAUUUUCCCUUAGAGCAAACGUUAACUUUUUAACAUUGUAAUUUCUUUAGCUUACAAAUAGUUUAAUGGAGACAGAAUGAGGAGAAACAAUGACAGAUUUGGAAAACUUGUUAAAACUGUUCAACUGUUGGGGUUUCUUGCACAGAAGCCAAGCCUGUGCAAGACCUGUGUGAUGUGGGCCUAUGUGUCAUUGGUUCUAUUAAUAGUUGAACUACAAGACCACAUUUAUUUGCCACAGACUUAAAGUUAAACUUAAACUUAACGGUUUUAAAAACCACCUCCACUUUAAAAAGAUGUUUUUAAGUCUCAAUUUUCCUUACCAAUAAAAGUUAAAUUCUGGGUUAACGCAGACACGGCCUUAGCAUGUUAGGGUAAACCACAAUUUAAUAAACCAGCAAAAUAAUUUGCAUGCCCUUAGACACUUUUGUUAGUCGUAACCCAAAAACAGAUGUAUUUGUGAAAGAUCGCCUACGGAAAAUACACCUGCAUGUGAAGCUGACACAAAGCUAAAGACAGUACACAAUUGAGAGGAAUCAGAAGUUGACUUUAGUCAGGGGCUUUGAUGAUGAUCAUUUUAAAAUGCCUUGAUCAACACUGUGCCAAAAAGGAUCCUGAAUUUAAACUUUACAAACAAAAACCAGCAGCUACAACAACAACCAUAUAGAACCAAGUGAGUCCAUGUUAGUUUUAUUUUUGUUUUGUUUCUUGUAAAAAGAAAAAGAUUACCUCCUCUUCCAUAAAUUACACUACAAAGGUUGUUAUGAAAAGAAAAAUAGUGAUUUUGACCAUAAUUAUACAGCAAAAGAAUACAGAGGAGACAGUUGGAGUACGCUUUAUUAUAUUUUCAGUUCUUUUUGAUGUUGCUGGGUAAGAAUCCUCAGCAGCCAGCGUUCACUCUGACGUUGUAUACUGAUCGUUCACUGUAUGUUGUUUGUGCCCAGGAAGCCGUAGAACCGUUGCACAUCAGAGAAAGGAAGAACCGAUCCAAUACAAGGCAAUUGGUCUUGAAUAAAGCAUUUGAUUUUCCUGCGUUGGAAAAUCCAAUGAUAUCUAGAUGGCAGCAAAGCGAGGGGGGAAAGCUUUUAGCUCAAUACGUUGCUUGGCUUGUGUCACAAAAGCACCUCGUUGUCCUGCGUGCUGUCCUGUAGCCUCCCAUGUGCUCUCUUCCAUCAGGUUGGGAUUUGAUGUUUUCAGACUCAAUUUGGAUUAGCACCCAUUUUGAUCUUGAGAGCGCCCUGAUUAAAACAAACUGUGAACCCCCACCCUUACAUUCUGUAACCCGUCUCUUUUAAAGAUGAUCAUCCAUAUCAUGCUCACUCAGAACCAGUUCAGUUAAAUGCUUUUCCCUGCAAUUAUUUCCAAUCACAUCCAGGCUUCAGCACGUGAUAAAACAUGACAUGUGUGUAAUCUGUUCAGGAUUUGACAUGAAAGAAAACUGCCUUGCAGGGUGGGGCGUGGGGGAUUUUUUUUCUCAACCCCCCCCUUCCUUUUUUUUCCCAGCACCUCCUUCCUUCUCUGUCUCUUUCUCUUUGCUCUCGGCUGCUUCUGUCGACUUGAUGAGCGCUCCCAAUGUUAACAAAGAUUGGAUUUAUAAUUCAGCAGCUGGGUCCGACUGUUUUUCUUUUUCUCUGUAAUCUAAGUUAAGGCGCCAAAUCAAAAUUUUAACUGGUUAUUUUACUGUUACUUGUACUUUUUUUUUGCUUGUUUGUUUGUUUUUUUUGCCAAAGUUCUCAUGUCUGGCUGAAUGUGGAUGUACUUUAGCAUAUGCUGUGACAUAACCAGUGUUUUCUAUGCUGAAAGUUGGGGUGGGUACUUGGGACUCUUGAUGACAUUGAGAUUAAUUUGCCAUUUCUUGCGACAUCUUUUUAUACAUGCCGUUGGUGAACCUAUGACGGACAGCGGAAAUGAUCUUUGCUUUCUGUCUCCUCCAACCCCCUGCCCCCCUCCACGAGUCUUCACCUUGUCAGCUCUGUGAAUCAUCUCUCCACAGAUUAACCCGGUUUCGAUUUUGGAGAAUGCCGAUGUCAGUUCAAAACUCCUGGAAGCGAAAUGUUUUGCUUGAUGUGGAGCAUUUCCUCCGGGAGGCCCUACAUGUUCCUUUGAGGGCGCUAUGGCUGUGGGGACAGUACAUAGUCUCUCCAUCAGUGUUCUAGCAAUGAUGAAUGACAACUUUAGCAAAUCUGACAGUGCAGAAUCCCUCUGUGUCCUCCUAAAACGAGCGGCCAGGCGCUGCAAGAACAGAGCCAUUUUAGCGAUGAUGUUUCACCUCAUUUAACUGUCUGACUUAAUGACAGAGUCCCUACCUCAACCUCAGUCAGCGGGUUUUAUGUAGAAAAAAAAAUCUAUUGAAACAGUUAAUGGCAGUAAUAAGGGUUGGGUUUUGCAGGGAUAGAGUAUUGUACAAUGAUGUUUAAAAUGUAGUCGUGAUGAACACAAGUGCUUUCAAUUUUUCAGAAUCCUUAAUAUGUGUAGCAGACUUACAUGCUGUAUGUUUUCUCAAGUGUGGGAUUAAAAUCUACAGUAAGAUGCAAGAUUCACUGAGAAUUCUUAUGAACUUACUUACAUGUUUUUGGUGUUGAUCCAUGAAAGUGAUGUCAAAGAUUAUAGCCCUGAGAAAUAUUUAGUUUACAGUUUGUACAAAGACAAAAAAACAAAUGUGCCCUUCUUGUUAAAUAAACAUGUAUGUAUGUUCUUUUUUCA